GGAGGGAGGGGGAAACGGCGUAUGCUUGUAUACAACCCUGAUUUCCAUUUUUUUCCCAACUCGUAAUGUAUUUAAUUCAAGUGAAACGUAAUCAUGACGUGUCGUGUCAUUAAUCUCCUCGCCGCCUCUCCCAAAAUCAAAGGAGGAGGCUGCCACAGAAGUGUGUCCCCCAUCAGCCGAGACACUAGAGAAUGGCAUAAUAUCACACACACUGCUGAGGAUGGAUUCUCCGCCAGAGUGUGUGUUGUCUCUUUCUUGUGAGCAGCCCCAGUCUCCCCCAACACUGCCGUCCCUGGACCACAGCCCCCAGGCGUCGUCUCCUCAUACCCAGCUCUCUCUGCCUGACAGCCCUGUUGUCCUGCCCAUUCACAGCCCCGAACCUUCUCCUCAGAGCCCGGACACCACGCCGUAUUUCCCCCUCUCUCCCUUUCCCCUCCAUGAGGACGAUAAUAAUCACCACGACAUUGAUGAAGAAGAUGAUGAGGAAGAACUGGAUGGAGUUCCUCCUUCCCCGACCCCAGCAGUGGCUCUGUUCCCGGGAGGAGGUGGACAAGAAGCUGGAUGCAGCCCUUGUUUGGAUACCUCUCCUCCAGCUACGCCAUCAGCUCCACUCCUUGGAUUUGGAGCCCUGGAGCUGGCCCUCUCUUCAGGGCAGAGUGGAAACUGCAAUGACGAGCUAGACCUUCAGCUGUUCCAGAAGGAUACUGUUACCAGGGCGAUACCUGGAGGGGGAGGGGCCUCAUCAGGGCCUGCGCUCAGGUUUCCCUGUCACGUGUGUGGGAAGAGAUUCCGAUUCCAAAGUAUUUUGUCUCUUCAUGCCCGAGCUCACAGCCUGGACCGAGACCGCAGAGCUUCAGCCCUCUACCGGACUGGACUCCCCUCAGCACCACUUAAGCAGCACCUCAAGGUCCAACAGAACCACAAAGACAUAAUCCAGAAUCACCGAAGCCACACAAACCAGCGUUUACUGCCGGGGACUCUCAUCCAGCAUCUGACAGAAGAUGAGGAUGUUGACGGUGAGGUCAAAGGUCUAGAUGAAGGCCUACAGCCAGACCACAACCCAAGCUUUUUACUGGAUGACAGCACACCAUUGACCCCUCCACUUACGGAGGACCCUGUUUCUGUGACCUCUCCCUAUUCUUCUACUACUGGGGAGGGUACAUCUACUCCCACAGCGCCUACAUUUCGCUGCCAUGCCUGCAAAGGAAAAUUUCGCACAGCCUCGGAGUUGGCGCGCCAUGUCCGCAUUCUCCACAACCCGUAUAAAUGCACUCUUUGUCCUUUCUCUGCCAGCCAAGAAGAGAGCCUGGCAUCUCACUUGCAGGAGUGCCACCCAUCUCCUGAGGUACCUGCUCUGCCACCGGCCUUCAAUUCCAGGCCAAUUAUUGCAACCCCUGACACUCCUGUGCCCACCCCGACCCAUACCCCAGCCCCAACCCCAGGUACCCCACAGAUGACAUCAGCUGCUACAGUGGCUGCAUCCUCCUCACUGCCUGCGUUUCGCUGUGAUACUUGUGGACAGCGGUUUACUCAGUCUUGGUUCCUCAAGGGACAUAUGCGAAAGCACAAGGACUCCUUGGACCAUAAGUGCCAGGUAUGCGGCCGUGGCUUCAAGGAGCCUUGGUUCCUCAAAAACCACAUGAAAGUGCAUCUCAACAAGCUUGGGCUGAAAGCCGGGCUGGGAACUCUUGGGGGACCAGGAAAUGCUGAGCAUCAGGCUAAAGGCUCUGCAAGUAAUCAGUCUCUCAAUGCUCUCUACUCCAGCCUCCUUCUGGCCCAGCGAGGGGGUAGCAGAGGUGGACAAGGAAGGUCAGAUAGGGAUACUGGAGGCAGAAUGGGAAUGGGCUCGAGCAAAUCAGCCAUCCUGGGCUAUCUGGGGCUGCCCAGCGAUGGCAGUGGGGCCAGCUGCAUGGAGAGACUUCAAGCAGUGGCUCAGGUGGCAGAGAUGGGAAACGGUGGUGGUGGGAUUGCAGGCCUGGGAGGAGGAGACCCAGGAAGAGGAAGGGGAGCAGCUAGAGGCACAGGUGAUGCUACAGCAUCAGUGUCUGAAGGAGGGGACCAGGCAACUUGGUGGCAACUGGUGGCUCGUAGCCUGGCAGUUGCUCAGCAGCAGCAGCAGCAGCAGCAGAGGCCCCACCAGCGAGGCCAGCAGCAAAGCCAACGAGGCCCAGGUCGGAGCUCUGUAAUCACUGAGGCUGACCAAGUCAGAGCCUAUCUUGGAGGUCCAGAUCCAAGGGAAGAGUCAGGAGGAGCAGGAGGGCCAUGGGAAUGCCCAGACUGUGGAAAGCUGUUUCGCAGUUUGCAGCAGGUGGUGGUUCAUGCUCGCGUUCACACUCAGAGGCCCCAGAAAGGAGGUGGGGGUGAGGACGAGGGAAGUGGUAGUCGUAGAGGAGUGGGACUAGGAAGAGGAGGCAGUGGUGAAGGGAGACAGGAAUCUCAGCUACACAGUGGUGGAUCCCAACAAACGGGCGAAGUGAGACAGGAAUCAAAACUGCACAGUGGUGGAUCACAACAACCAGGAGCAGCUACAGGGUUUCACUCUGUCAUCUCAAGUUUCAAAGGAGAAAAUGGCUUGACAGCAGUCCCCUCCAUAGCUUCAGUUCCCAUCAGGGAGCGAGUGCGUGGUAGAGGGAUAAAAGACUGCCCCUACUGUGGUAAAGCCUUCCGCUCUUCACACCAUCUCAAAGUGCACCUGAGAGUUCACACAGGUGAGAGACCCUACAAAUGUCCCCACUGUGACUAUGCAGGUACCCAGUCGGGCUCACUGAAGUACCACCUCCAGCGGCACCACAGGGAGCAACGCAAUGCCUUGUCAGCCUCCUCCAAUUCCUCCUCUGCCGGUCUCACCUCCACUAUCAACAGUCUAACCUCUGGAACCUCUGGGCUGGCCAAGCAGCGCCGAUCCCAAAGCAACCACUGCCCAGGCAGCCGAGGCCCAACCGACACCCCUUCCUCUCGGCCGAGCCAACAGUCCUGGCUUCUAGGGCUUCCAGACCAGCGGGAGCAUCGAAAGGCCUUAGCGGCUCUAAGGGAUGUUGACUUGGAGACUCAGUACAGGUAUCUGUCUGGGGUGAUGGGAGCGCUUUACCAAGGUGGAAUGGAAGGAGGCUGGAUUAGGGAGUCUUCUCCACCAAAGGCCCCCAAAGUGUCCCGGCGUAAGCCCCUUAUUACCAGCCGAAUGGUUCAGCCGGCAAGUGACAAGGAAGGGCCUGCACCUUCAACUCAAGAAGGUGGGUUUGAACCCCUGGAUCUGUCUCGUCGUCCCUCACCUGGCCUUGGAGGGUUGGAAGAAGAUGGCGUUAUGAGCAUAGGGGAAGGAGGAGGGGUUGAUAGUGGCAAUAGUUCAUCAGGGGUCAAACUGAGCCAGUGUUUGUUCUGCCCUUUCCGUACGUCCUCAGCAGAGCUGAUGGCCAUGCAUCUCCAGGUCAACCACACCAGUAAGUCCAGGCGCAAAAGAGGCUCUUCGACUGCCCUAGAUGAUGAUGGAGCCUCAAAGGUCAACAAGCCCCAAACGGAUCACUCUGAACUCGAUUCAUUGGGAAUAUGGAGGCAUGUAAGUGAGGUUGAGUCUCAGGCACCCCUGGGGGAAUGGUCCUCAACCCAGACCCUCAAUGGGCUCUCUGAGGAUAAAACAGAACAUCUGGAUGAUAUUCUUCACCACCCAGACUCCAACAUGGCCUCUGUAUCCAAGAAUGCAAGAGAUGGUCUGGGACUGAAGGAGAAGCUUGAGGAGGAGGAAGAAGAGCAAGAGGAGGAAUUGGAAGAGAAUUUGGAGAACAGCAGUCUGGAGGAUUCACAGGACCAGGAUCUGAGGAUGUCCCUUGCUCUUUCACCAGCCCUGAGCUCCAACCACAUGGUGGGAGAGGAGGAAAGAGUCUGAACAGAUUUAAACGAUUUUGGAUGACACCAUUUAAAUUGGAGAGUUGGUUUUAAUGUUUUCAACUACAUUUACUACACAAUUGGAAGAAUGGGUGGGAAGCUUUGGACAGAGGUAAGGGUUUUAAAGGUUACAUGACAAUUUGCCCCUUUAGACUUUCAUUUCUAGAGAAACGUGAGGAAUCUUGAAAACUGAUAUUUCAGAGGGUUUUGAAAAGGAUGGAGAGAAACAGCUGUUACAUGCCCUCCGAAAUUAUUUGUCUUCUUCAGUUCUGACAGUGUGGUCCACCACAAAUACAGUAAACUUCCUGUAAAAAAGAGCAUGGAUGCAUCUUUUCAGGAUUUUGUAGGCCACUUUUCUAUUUUUUUUUUCAAUCUUCACUCCAAGAUGGAUGAUUUUUAAGAUGAUCUCCUAUUUGAUAAAUGAAAGAAAUCAAUCUCGGCCAGAGCCUGCGUCAUUCCAGAGUGCAUUGCAAUGCAUUUAUUCCACACUUAUAAUGGAUAGUAUAUCCCAGACUACUAUACUGACCAAGUUGAAGCCGGCUGUGAAGAGACGCUCUCCUGACUGACCACUGAACAGUUUGAAACCUUAAGCUUCAAGUUCCUCCUCAGCCCAUACAGACAUGGAGGAAAGAUUAGUCUAGAAAAGUUUCAAGCUGUGAACCUCAGCUAAGCUAUUUGGUAUUAAUUUAAGGCAUGAGGUAACUGUUGUAGGCCAUGUGCUUUCUCUCAACUGUAUAUCACUGCCUUGUUUGUCUGAAAAGUGUUUCUAGAUGACUGUCCUAAAGAAAAAGAGAAAGAGAAGUUUGUAAUAUUUUUUCUUUUUCAGUUAGUGCCUGUUCAUGUAUGUUAUCAAGAGAGUCUCUGGUAUUCCUGCGCAUCGAGGCUCUGAUAGGUCCUUCAUUUUAUCUAAAUAUACAGUUUAAAACAAUUUAAGUACAGUAUAUUUGUUAAAAGUGGUUCUAGGGUGUUGUGAAUAGUUAAGUUGUAAAAGAAAUGCUACAUCGCAGCGUGAAGUCCUUGACACAGGCGGCAGCCGUUUGUGGCUCAGCUUGAAAAGAAAACAAAAAAAAAAAGUGGGUGAUAUACACAAUGUAUAAUGCAAUGAGAAGUCAAAGGCUCAGCGAUUAAAAAAAGGGGUCACAGUUCAAAAUUCAGUGUUUACAUUGGUGCUGGAUCUGGGUUGGGGUUGCAAAGGCAACUCACGGUCAUCGUAGAUGUACGGAAAAGAACAAACCACAGAGCGGGCGUCUGUUUGAGGGCUGUAGGGACGUCGCUCAAGCCCCGAACACAAUCAACUGACACAUCGUUUUGAAGAGACUGAGACUUAGCAACUGUGUCAAAAAAAAAAAAAAAGAAUUUCAUGUUUCCUCCACUGGAGAGAAGAUACAAGGUAGAGAACGAGAAAGAGAGCAGUAUCCCUGCCAAACAGUUCUAAAUCUGAGAAAGAAACUGUACUCUUGGGGUAUGGUGUCUUUUAGAUGAGUAGAUUCCCUCUCUUCUUCUUUUUUUUUUUAUAAGAAAAGAAAAGACAAUGGUAGGAGUAAUUAUUAAAACACUAACAAAUGCAUAGACAUCCCAGUAGAAUAUGUGUAGCUUUUGUAAAGGCAAGAAAAAAAAGCAGACUUUUGUUUAUUUUCAUUUCAAGAUGCUUACAGAAAAAGGUUAUCAAUAUAGGUGAUAUUGAUUAUAAUGUUUGUGAGCUAAGACUAGUUGGAAUGUCUAUACAGAGCACUGUGCAAGGUUUGAGUUCCCAAAGUAGUUGUUUUUAUUUUGACUUUAUCGAUAGACCAAACAUUUUUUCAAUGGAAGUCGUCAUUUUCUGUUGUCGUUUUAAAUGUGUAAAGCUGUGGUUUCAUUAGAUUUACCCCAUCGAUUAGCAAAAUCGGUCAGUCAGUUGAUCAGUGUAUCAAACAUCCAACCGCUGAACAGGUUGUUAAAGAUAGUUCAAAAUCAAAGUUCAUCAUUUUUGUGGAAACACAAACACAUCUAUAAAUUAAAAAAAAAAAAUCAUGAAUUUUUGUGGCUUGAAGGUAUAUUUAUGAAAAAAAAACUGUAGUAGGGGAUAUAGGUAGUAACAUCCCCUUUACACUGGUUAACAGCUAUUAUUUAUCUACUUAGACUACUUUUUGAUGGGGUAUUCUUUGAUUGCAACCACACCUUAAUGUGCAUUAAUGUGUUUAAGUUCUUUUUUAGAGCACCUUAUGAGUUUUGUAGUGAAAGUCCCUUAGUGGUGUCUCCUUAACAACUACUGUCAAUGCCACCGUGCCUUCUGUUUCAAGCACUUCCUGGUGUAUUUUGUAAAACUCACCAAAAGCACUUAGCCUAUAUCUACACACUCUCUUUCUUCCUCUCUCUCUCUGUCCUUCCCCUGUCCUCCUUUCCCCUACUUUCUCUUCCUCUUCUCCUACAUCACCUCAGCCCAUUUUCUUAAUCUUUUUCUCGUGUCUUUACCUCCUGACCCCUCUCCCCUGGGGGAAGGUGUUUUCAUGCCAUGUUUCUCUCCUACUGUUCAGGCCCUUUCGGCCUUAAACAAGGUCACUAGGCCUUAAUUACAUUCUAGCAUGGCUAGACUCUUGAAAGAAAGGACUACCUAACCCUUAGACAAGUGAAAAAUCUUUAUAGAUGUAGGGUUAGGCUACUUUUGGUCUUAAUACUAACCCUUGGUAAACCAAAGCCCAAGUCUAAGACUAAUGAACAUUGUAUUUAAUCUCAUGAGGUGCCAAAACAUGUCCGAUGUGACACUAAAGCAUGUAUCAGCUUGGGAAAACACAAUAAUUCACCAAUCCUCUUUCUUUCCUUUACUAUCUUCAUUGCCAUACUUUAUUCUUCACCCCCUCCUUCUCUCCUUCAUGCUUGCUCUUGCUCCAUGUCCCCUCUCUGGUCCGUAAACUGUCUAUCACUAGCACCACUUGAAGGUGACGUGUACUAUCUGGUAUUGAGGCCUUUAUUAGAUUUUUAUUUCAGUUUGUGUGGUGUUUGUUCAAUGCCGUUGAGAUGGAAAAAUGCUCUUCUUAUAAUGAUAAUUAUUAUUGUUUUGGCAUUAUGGUUAAAAAAAACAAGAAAAAAAAAGAGAAAUGUGUUGUUGAAUGUUGUACAGAUAGCACUAGAGAUGUUGUGUUUUUUUUAAA